AUGUUGACUGGCACGUGUAACAUCGGGUGGAGGCCGGUGUUCAGAGUCACGGAGCGGAGUCAAGCGGGAUGUCCGGCCCCGGUCGAAGCCGAACAAUUUCUGCUUCCACAAAUAGGAUAUUGCCGUGAUGAUAAGGACGACAGUAGCUUGACUGCUCGUCGACCUUUAUGCAGUCUUGCGCGCUUCGGGAUCACUCGUACAAUUCGGACAUGGAAGGCAGUCGGAACCGUACCAACUAAUAUUUCUCCACUUACAACUUCCGGAGCAACAAUAAUAUUGCCCAUUCCUUCUCCUUCCAUCCCAACUUACACAGUUAUUCAACCGACGAUUGACCUUUGUGCCAACCUUACUGUUAUCCUACUGACGUGUAUCCCGACACUGUUCCUCUCGUCCAAAGACUCCCUGUGUGCCUGGCUACGUGGCAGUGUAUCAAACACGCAAAAUAAGCAAGUUGGUUCCUCAUCUACUUGCCUAGGAGACACGGACGCCGGAACACGCGUUACAUGCCGCGUGCCGGCGGGACUCCCGUUGCCUCACUUUCUUCCGGCCCGGUGGGAUGAAGAUAUUGUGGGCUUGCCGGCUUGGAGGUGUAGCUUUAAUUCGUACAAGGAACAAGGUAGCAUGCUCAUGAGUCGCCAACGUUCCCAUCCGGAUACAAGCUUUUCGGCACUCAACCGAUCUAAGACGCCUGAGUGUAGCUUACCAGACAAGCGGGUCGUUCAACGUGGUCAACAUGGGAAAAGAGUGUUUGAGUCAAUACUCAAGAUGAAGUGGAUUGUUUUCCACCUUUAUUCGGGGAGAAAUGCGCUUUUGGCGAGAAGUAAGUUCUGUCACCCGGUUAUCAAACUCACAGAAGCGGCAAACGGUUGUCUGCCUUUUGGCAGCUUGAUAUUUCAGUUCACGGCGCUGACAACUCAUAACUUCAACCACAACCACUUGAUGGCGAGACCGAAGCCGGAGCCAGAUUUGGAACUUUCUCAAUCUCAAGCUUACGUCGCCCUCCCCACCGGAGUGAACCGCUGCCGGAACGUCUUUAGAAGCACUUCGUCCCAUAUUUCGCGACAGGCUUGCCGUGGGUGGUUCGUCGCUGGCUUUUCCCCGCAAUCUGACGAAAAAUCCCAUCUUUUGAAACGAUCUACAGAGGGGCGGGUUGAAAGUGACGCACAUCUGCGCUCCGCUUCCAUGACACCCAGUCCUGACAGCGACUUGGUGCCAGAGAAGGACGCGGCGGCUGCACAGCCCGGAAAGUUUCGCAGAGAGUCAUUAAUGGCCGUGUCCACUGUGUUUGUUGAUCGCCGCUGA